CCCUGCCUGGCUGUGCCGAGCUGUCGAAAGAUCACGGGCGCUCCCUUCGAGACAAGAGACCUUUUUUCUUGAGACUUGCUUGCUUGCUUUCGUAUAGGAAGCAUUCUCCUCCGUUCUCGACAUACCAAGCUUCUCUUUUUUUCUUUGACUUUUUCAGUCAUCGCAACCAUCGACAUCAUCAAAGACACCGGACGACACCAAUACAAUCGCAGCAUCCCACGUCUACCUCUAGUAGUGGAAGACUACAGUACACUAAAGCUUCAACUUGGCGCCCCUCCUGACUUGCUAAAGUUCCCCUGCAAACGUCCCCGCAACCCCUCUCUCCCUUUCUCUCUUUGCGGCCGUCAUAACGACAAAGCUUGAACCCACUACGCUACAUACCUCUACAUAUCUACAUACCUUACAUUUCUACCACGACACCGGAAGUGGGGGACCGGCUGCUCACACUACUACUACUGUAUGCUUUUGGACGGGACUUACUGUUAAAGUUGUCAGACCGGACAUUCUGGACAUAGUGGGCGGAUGUGCUGACGAAUACGUUUUCGGGAACUUACACAGUCGCGGCCAAGCCAUUGGAGCCAUUGUCACCACUGUUGCCCCUGGCCCUAUUUACAGAAAAAGACUCCCCCGAAAUGCCUACCUUGGGCGCAACGUUUGUCCCUGGAGGCUAUGAUGACUAUUUCAUGCCCGAAGUCGUCGCACCAGCCCCGCAACGGGUAAUGCCAGAGGUGCCUCAGAACAUGCAAAAGGACAUCCAACGCAUGGAACUCGAAGCUCGCGAAGUCGAUCCUCAAAAGAACAACGGCACCAUCGGUAGUGCGAAGAACAGGGACCAACAACAAGACGAAAAGACGUUCAAGCCUUUCCAACAACGCUCCGGCGCCCGGUCGACAGCCAUGGACGCACCCUCGUUCUCCCCUUUCCCCAAGGUCAAGGGCGAGAACAUCCCUCCGAGCGACGAGGAGAAGGAAGAGAUCCUCUACCAGGCCCGCACCCUGGUCCUUCACUCCAACAAUGUCUCGAUGCAGGUGACAUGGGCGCGCGACUCGUUGAUUUGGGUCGACAUAGCCCAGGAGGCCGCCGCCAGAGACUGGAAGCGUGACGGGAAGGGAAGGGAACGGCCAUCGACGCCUACGACAGAGCACGAAUUGCGCGUCGACGCUCUCAACAUCAUCGAGUACCUGGCAAGCCAAGAUCAUCCCGAGGCGAACUUUAUGAAGGGAAAAUGGCUGGAGUUCGGCAAGUUUGGAUAUCGCGAGAACAAGCGGGAAGCCUACGCCCACUACAAGAGGGCGGCAGAGAACGGAUACGGUAGGGCCGAAUACCGCAUGGGCAUGCUCUACGAAAACUCCAACGACAUCCCCAACGCCAUCAAGCACUACGAGGCUGGCGUGAGGAUGAAGGAUACCGCCUCCAACUACCGAUUAGGCAUGAUACACCUCAUGGGCCAGCACGGCUUCCACAAGGAUAUUCUUCAGGGCCUCGACAUGAUCCAGCUUGCGGCCGACACGGCCGAUGAGGACUCUCCGCAGGGCGCUUAUGUGUACGGCUUGCUUCUUUCCCGAGAGCUUCCCGACAUUACCAUUCCCGAAGACAUUCUCCCGUUUGAUUUGGUCGUCGCUCGCCAGUAUAUCGAGAAGGCGGCAUACCUCGGCUUCCCCAAGGCACAGCUAAAAAUGGGUCAGGCGUAUGAACUCAGUCAGCUCGGGUGCGACUUCAAUCCAACCUACUCCCUUCAUUACUACGGCCUUGCCGCCCGCCAGGGGCAAAGCGAAGCCGCGUUGGGUGUUAGCAGAUGGUUUUUGUUUGGCUUCGAGGGUGCCUUUUCCAAAAAUGAGGCACUCGCGUACAAGUACGCUCUGGAUGCAGCCAACGCCGGCUUAGCGACAGGCGAGUUUGCCAUGGGAUACUAUCAUGAAAUAGGUAUUCAUGUACAAAAGAAUGUCAUCGAGGCACGAAAGUGGUACGAAAAGGCGGCCGACCAUGGAAACAAGGAUGCCAUGACCAGAUUGGAUUCACUGAGCCAGUCCAAGACGCUGACGAAGCAGGACCACGAAACAACCACACUUACGCGUAUCAAGUCUCAGCACGGCUCGCAGCGCGGCAAGCGUCCUGAGCGGUUCUCAAGACCCACGGAAGUGUUGCCUACCCUGAGUGAGGGUGAUCCCGGCGACAACGUGCCUCCAGUUCCCGUCAAAGCGUCUCAGGGAUCGGCAAUCGGCCAUGAUCAGAUUGACUUUCCGGAUCCUGCACGAAACGCGAAUAGACCGCCUGCCUUUACGGUCAAUUUCGAUUCGAACCCGAACCUGAACCUGAACCUGACCUUGCGGUCCAAGUCCACGGCACCGUAUCCCGAGGACACUAGGCCUCCGCCGCUCAGAGCGCGUACUAACACGGCACCGUAUCCGGAAGACGAUAUGCGUCACCCGUCUCCUCCACCACACAUGCAGCAGAACUAUCUGUCUGCGAAACCCCUAGCACCUCAUUUCAACCCGGGAAUCCGCCCGUCAUCAAGCUCGGGUGGUCCACAUGCCGACCGGCCAAUGAGCGCUUUCGGGAUCCGGCCUAACUCAGCCAACGGUCCUUCUGCACCACAAGGCCCCGGGCCUCGAGGCCGAGUUCCUCCCGGGGCAGUUGGUACUUGGGAACCACAGGUCUCACCUGGGUACAGACAACCCAGUCCCGGACCUGGCCCCGGCCCUGGCUCCGGCCCUCGACCUGAUUACAGACAAAACAGCUAUCGUCCUCCACAUGAUGUCGGUCCCGGACCCUCGCCACAGCGGAUGAGUGGAGGUGCUGGUCCCGGCAUUCCGCCCUCCGCUGCACCCAUUGGCGAUCCUAUGAGACAAAGACUGCAGAAGCCCAAUCCGAAUGCUGGCAAUUAUCCUCCGGCUCAGCAGGUUGGAGGUGCCAUGCAUAGUCCUCAACAGAGUCCAGGCCUACCGCCCGUGAUGAGUGGUGGCGCGCAACCAGGCUAUGGCUCUAGGACAAACAGCAACAGACCAAACAGCGAUGCUUACGGUCAUGGGCAGGGUGCUCCUCCUAUGCCUGGGCGGUUCCCGACCGGCACUCCGACUCCCGGGAACGGUGGUCCCAUGCCAAGGCCAGAUAGAUUGGACAGUCUAGCUACGGGAGGCAGACCGGGUUCGAAUGGAGGCCAAGGUCCAUCUGGAGCUGGAAUCGGAAGGAUAGCAAGCGCACCGCCAGUACAGCAACACCAACCGCCUCACCCACAUAGUAAACCUACCCAUAGUCCUGGACCUUCCGCGAGUCCGACGCCGAGCGCAGCCAGCACGACAAGGCUGCCGGGGCACGGGGGCGCUGGUGGGAAAUCCAACAAUGAGCAUCCCGAUGGCAAGACUGUCGGAAAUGGACCGGCUACUUUUGAGGAGAUGGGCAUCCCGCAGGGGAAAAACGACAGCGACUGCGUUGUAAUGUAAGGUCGCGGUGUGCGCGCUUCUCCUACCUUCGCGUCGAUAAUGCUGGUAGGAUCUGAUACCCAGCCUGUAGCUCCAGGAUCAUUGCGUUGAGUUUGCAGGGAGUUGGCGGAGUUGUGCGUGUAUGUUUAAGUAGGUGACCUAUUUGCUGGUUUACUUUGGUCAGCUCAGCGAGACUGUUAGAUGGGGGGUAGGAGCUGCCGCAACUAUGUUCGCGUGAACUCCCGCUCGUUUAGAAAUGAGUUGUAGUCCUCUUUAUUCCGGGCACAGUGGGAGAGAAGCGAUAGCGACUUGCAAUGAGGAAAAAACAUGGAAGUACAAUUAAGUAACACGACCUGUGCAAGAUGGUAACGAUAUGUGGGCGCUCUACUGUCGGGACUGAUUGCUGAAGGUCUGCAUCAUGCUUGCCUGCACGGCCAAGAUAGGAGAAGGCACUGGUCUAUAUAGUCUAAUGCACGCUAUGUGCAGUAGAAGGAAGCGAUCACGACGAUGGCUGACGCACAAGGAGUUCAGGACUAGUGAGGAAGUCAUUUCCAGGCUCAAUGGCUGGUUGUGUGCCGGGCUGGUACGUAGAGGUGAAUAUAACGCAGCCGCCCCUGAACAAACGGUUUAAGUCAAUGUGUCAUCCUGUAAAAUCAAGUUCUUUUCUGGACACUCUUUGAUCCCCUCAGAUAUUUUGCC